ACUCUAGGGUGAUUGACCCUGUGCCGACCAACCCAGAGUUUUCGGUUCCACAGCAGCGGUUAUGCAUUAGUUCAAUCACCUCGCGGUUGGUUAACACAGGGUUGUGCGCGUCCACGCCAAACCUAUAAAGACGUGAUGUAUGGAUCAUGGAAUUACCGAUCAAUAUGGCGAAACGGGCCGCAUAUUUCUCAGAUCUCGACCUCCAGGUUCUCCUGGAGAGUUACGAUGAGGAAAAGGGAGUGAUAAUGAGGAAAUGCAACACUAAAGCAUCUUCCAUAAUGAGAAAUAAAGCCUGGCAGAGGAUAGCUGACCGCGUAAAUUCAUGUAAUCCGACGGCCCCCAAACGAACUCGGGAACAAGUAAAAAUGAAAUACAAAAACGUUAUACAAGCUGCCAAUCGUAAGAGGGCCGACAGUCGGCAGACUGGAUCGGGCCCUCCAAUUACCUUCACCACGGUUGAGGAGCUGGCUCUAACCAUUAAUGCAGGGCGCCCUGGCAUGGAGGGGAUACCUGGAGGUACCUCCUCCGAGAGUCCGGGGCCAUCUCCGUCCACUGUCAACCCACUGGUUGAAUAUCAAGACGGAGUAUUGCUUUUAAUCGAGCCGGCUACGAAUCCUCCAGUUUAUGCAAGUCCGGAGGCCGAUGAAAAUAUUGCCAUGGAUGGGUCUGAAAGAACUGAGACUGUGGUCGAGGAAGCGGCGGGUACAUCAGGGUCGCAAUAUCAGCAUUUGACUACUAAAGAAUUAUAUCGACUUCAUCUUCAGCGGGAAAUCGCUAAGGCUGAUUUGCAAAUGGAGUACACGAAGCUGCUGAUAGAGCAACUAAAGAAUAAAAAUGAUUGAUAAAAACAGUGUUGGGUGUUUUUUUUUUUUUAAUUGAAGUGAUUUUGGCAAAUGUGUUCCCGCAUCCUUUGUCCAGCCCUUGAAUCCAUUUGGGGAAUGUGUUCCUCCUCGAGGAACGGGUCAAAGGGGGGAGGCAUCUCUUUGCGCAGGGUGGCGAUAUUGUGGAGGACGGCGCAUGCAACAAUAAUGUCGCAUGCCCGUUCCGGACAAACCCUUAGUCCACGUAGGCAUUGAAAUCUGGACUUCAAUAUCCCGAAUGUGUUUUCAAUCUUAACGCGGGUUCUGCUGUGUGCCCGGUUUAAUGUAGUCUGUGGUCCAGGAGCGGGAUUAGGGUACGGGGUGAUGAGCGUCGGGAGGCAUGGAUACCCUCGAUCUCCUAGGAUCCACCCAUCGAAUUGCCCUGCGAUCAAAUACAAACUUUGAGCUAUCUUGCACAAGCACAAUUAUAUGAGAUCUAUGAUAUGUUCAGAAUGCAACUCACCCUCUUGAAAUUUACGGCUCAAAUUGGAUUCACGAUACAUCCUUGCAUCGUGGACUGAACCAGGCCAUUUUGCCUCUACAUUGGUGAUCAUGUGGGAAGCAUCACAUAUCAUCUAGUGAUAAAAGAAAAAGAUCGACAGCGAUUAACAAACCAUGGAGAUAUUGGAAAUAUCCAAUAUAGGCAGUGUACACUUACCUGAACAUUUAUACUGUGAUAGCCUUUCCUGUUCACAUAAUCUGCCUCAUUUAUAGAUGGGGCCAGUAUGGGCACUUGUGUGCCAUCAAUGCACCCAAUUACAUUUGGAAAUCCUGAAAUAAAACACCCAGAUGAAAAGUCAACGAGGGUAAUUUCGGUGCCAUUUGGGAACACGUAAAGUAGAUAAUGCUGACCUGCAAGUUGGUGAAACUCCAUUUUCAUGCGUCUCGUGGGUUUAUGGCCUGGAAAUACGAUGAAGUUCCGCAACAACCGCUUCAGCGCAAGACAGACUUUACGUACUGAGCGGCAGACCGUGGCUUUGCCUAUGUGCUCAGCAUCUCCUACGCUGUACAAAAAGCUUCCCGUCGCAAAAAAAACGGAGAGCUGUGCAAAUUGUUUGGAGUGGACUGAGGGCAGAUCCACGAUUGGUCACAUUUGCAAUGUAUGGUUGGAGAAGGUUAUUUAAAUAAAGCAAAGAAUCACGUGAAAAACGAUAUCUCUCCAGCAAAAAGUCCUCCGGAAAGGACAAUAUGUCGAGCCGUGGUCUAAUUAAUCUCUCUCUGUGAAUGGCACGAAUUAUUUGCGCUCCGAUAUCAAUCGGCCUCUCGUCAAAAGGGCAUGCCAUUGUGAUCACGUAAAAGCUGUGGUGAACGCGGGUUUAAAUACCCUGAGCAAAACCGGGUUAUCUUUUAACUUAACCUGCGCAAAACCUGCUCCGACCAGGUUUGAUUCAGAGCAUAUGUUGCUAUAGCAACUAAGAUACCUUGAUCCUUUUGGAACGGAAAACCUCGGGUUACCGCAAACCCUGGGUUAACUUACCCGGUUAUGUGAUAAAACCGGCAGGUUUGAUUCAGAGCAUAUGUUGCUAUAGCAACUAACAUACCGUGAUCCUUUUGGAACGGAAAACCUAGGGUUACCGAAAACCCUGGGUUCACUUACCCGGUUAUGUGAUAAAACCGGCUUU